AUGCCCCGACUCCUCCAUGCCCUGCUGACAGGGGACAGGACUAUCACCCACUCAGCCUGUCUGACCCAAGUCUUCUUCUUCCUGUUGGCAGGCAAUGUGGACAGCUAUGUGUUAGCUGCCAUGGCAUGGGAUCGCUAUGUGGCUAUAUGCCGACCGCUUCACUAUGCUACUGUGGUAACCCAACCACGAUGUGUGUUCCUCCUUGGGGCUGUGUGGGUGGGCACAGCCCUGCACUCUCUUCUUCACACAUUCCUCACUGCUCGCUUGUCCUUCUGUAACAACCAUGCCCUUCCACACUUCUAUUGUGAUGUCUAUCCCUUGCUGCAGAUUGCCUGCUCUGAUACCUCCCUCAACUUCCUAGUUGCCCUAACUGAAGGAGGAUCCACCAUCCUAUUACCUGCUGCCUGCAUUGUCACUUCCUAUGCCUACAUUGGUGCUGCUGUGUAUAAGGUCCGAGCAACUGGGGGGAUGUGCAAAGCACUUGCCACAUGUGGGUCCCAUCUGUGUGUAGUUGGGCUUUUCUAUGGGACUCUGGUGGGUGUUUAUUUGCAACCCCCAGGCCAGCUGGACGCCCAGGGAAGGGAUCAAGAUCUGGUGGCCACAGUCAUGUUCUCUGUGGUGGCUCCAACACUAAAUCCUUACAUUUAUAGCCUGCAGAAUAGAGAAAUCAAAGCAUCAUUGGCAAGGGUAUUCAUGUUGAAUAGGAACUAG